ACAGGACGCGACGCUCCUCACGCGCUGUCCUGCAGCAGCGGCGCGGGUCAGACGCUCGCUCGCUCGCGGAGGUGAUGCGGUGAUGUCAUGCGUGUGACCGUCUGUCAGCUCUGAAGACGCUCUCGGCAUCUCUCAGGCAGAAAGACGCGGCUCGUCGCCUCAGCAGUGUUGAGGAGCCUCCAGAAACCAAAGCUGGAAAGAAACGGCCAUCAGCAGAGAGACGGAGGCUGUCCACGACGUCGCGAGCUGAAACUGCUGCUGGAGAAAGAGCCCGAAUAGCCUGGCCUGGUCCUGAAGCGCGAGCGAGCACAGCGGACACAGCUUUCACACACACGGCCAAUCAGGACGAAAUGGAUCCGCUCGAGCGCCGCACCACUAAGGAGGAUCUCCAGACAUCCCAGAGGAUAAAGUGCUUGAACGACGGAGGAUAUGUGCUGCAAAGUCAUCAGAUGGCGACUGAUGUGGAGAAUAACAUCACAGUGAACACACAUCCGCUGGAGACCACAGUACUGAUCAUCCAGCAUGACUGGCGAGACUUCCUGCAGACACAGGAUAUCCUGGAGAAGAGAAGCCCCUCCCCUCCCUCUCUGUCCUCAGACAAGAUGAGCACAUCCAUCAGCAUGAACACCCUAUCAGAGGGCAGCACACCGGAUUACCGGGAGGAUGGCAUGGAUCUGGGCAGCGAUUCCUCCAGUCGCUCCAGCUCCGAGUCCAACUCCAACAAGGUGACGCCAUGUUCCGAGUACAAGUCCUCUCCCAGUCUGGAGCUGGCCGGACUGGAGGACUACGAGGAGGACGAGGACUACCAGCAGUACAAGAAGAGAGCGCUGGUGGACUGGGAGAGGGACUACGGCGGGAGCUACGCAGACAACCAGCAUCAGGACUUCAGGCAGACCUCGCCGCUCCACGGGGCGGUUAACGGCCGCAGCCUGGCGGAGGAGCUCCAGAGCGCCAAAGCGCCCGCCGGCCCUCUCGCGGGUCACGCCGCCGCCUCCGUACCCGAGGAGCUGAAGCAGAACGGCAACUCCAUCCCGCCCUGCGCGGGUAAGACUUUAGGCAAACGCGGCCUCGGGAGCGGCGGGACGGGACGGGAGGCAGGAAGAGGUGUCGGGCUGGGAUCGUACAGAGAAGAAUACGUGGAGGAGAGCCAACUUCCACCCAUGGACUGGGCGGCUCUGGAGAGACACUUGGCCGGCCUGCAGUUCAGAGAACAACAGAACCACAACCACGGCCUGAUCCGGACCAACUCCACCAACGCCCAAAAGAAUGAGCGGGAAUCCAUCCGGCAGAAGCUGGCGCUGGGCAGCUUUUUUGACGAUGGGCCGGGAAUCUACACCAGCUGCAGCAAGAGCGGCAAACCCAGCCUGUCCUCACGGCUUCAGAGCGGAAUGAACCUGCAGAUCUGCUUCGUCAACGACAGCGGCAGCGACAAAGACAGCGACGCGGAUGACAGCAAGACAGAGACCAGCCUGGACACGCCGCUCUCACCCAUGAGCAAACAGAGCUCGUCCUACUCGGACAGAGACACCACGGAGGACGACUCUGAGUCCCUGGAGGACAUGGACUUCCUGAGCCGACAGAAGAAGCUGCAGGCCGAGGCAAAGCUGGCCUUGGCCAUGGCCAAACCCAUGGCCAAGAUGCAGGUGGAGGUGGAAAAGCAGAAUCGCAAGAAGUCUCCUGUGGCCGACCUGCUUCCUCACAUGCCGCACAUCAGUGAGUGUCUGAUGAAGAGGAGUCUGAAGCCCACGGAUCUCAGAGACAUGACGCUGGGACAGCUGCAGGUCAUCGUCAACGACCUGCACUCUCAGAUCGAGGGUCUGAACGAGGAGCUGGUGCAGCUGCUGCUGAUGCGAGACGAGCUUCAGAUGGAGCAGGACGCCAUGCUGGUGGACAUCGAGGACUUGACCAGGCACGCUCAGAGCCAGCAGAAGCACCUGGCGGAGAAGACGCUGUCCAAAUGAAGCCGCACGCCCUCCUCACCAUCAGUAUAGACAGACACCUUUCCUUUGCUUCUGUGGUUCAUAACUGCUGAUCGCUCACGUCCUCACAUACUAAACGUCAGGUGAGAAUCCAGGACGCUCGGGGUCCAGAUCAGAGCGGGACACGCACGCUUCCUCCAGGACGUCCUGGAUACUGCCACCCGCUCCCUGCGGCGAUCGGCUCCGCUUCCUCAUCGAUCCGUCUCGGUCCUUUCCGUUUGCCACUAAACUAGAGCUGUCAGAACAUAAAGCGGUGUAAAAACAAGAAGAAGAAGAAGAAGAAGAAGCCGCCAAUUACCCGUUGAAUGUUUGAGUCGGACAGUAUUUAAAAACAGACCCUCUGACGUCAGCGACGCUUCAAAGGUGCUCGAGAGGAAACAUGCCUGCCUUGUAGUCGACUUGUAGCUUUUGGUAACGUUCACCGCGAUUGGUAUUCAACAUUUUGUGAAUGUUGAUUCUGACACGAGUCAUCUGAAUAAGUGUGUUCAUAUCAUUUUCAUUCUAUUGUAUUCAGAUUCUUUAUUUGAGGGAGAUGCUUAUGUACAGAUAUGUAUAAAAUCAGAAAAAUAAAACUUUGUUUCAUAGA